AUGCCUUCUCCACCUAUAAGAUCCUCCAAGCCCAGCAAGUCUCUGGCAUUCACUGGACCCUCGAUGCCCACAGUGUCUCCCAAGCCUUCUCCCUCCUUGAAGACCACUAAAUCAGCAAUGCCCAACAGCUCUUCAGUGCCCAGCAAGCCGUCAACAGCUCCCAACUCAGUCACAAGCCCCAGCAGUUCCAAGUCCACCAAAUGGGAAAGUACAAAGACAGCCCCUUCUAACCAGCCCAGCAGCAGGUCCCAAGUCCACAGCAGAACGAGAACACCCAGCAAGGCCAGCACCGAUACCAGGGCCAGCACUGACACCAGGGCCAGCAAAGCCAACAAGUCUGGAGGGGUAAGACACCACCACCGAAAGGGCACACACAGCCGAGGCAGAGCUCCUGGCAGAAGGGGAAGCCAAAAUUCCAAAAGGUCACCCAGCAGGGCCAGCACUCCCAGCAGGAUGAGAACUCAGGGUGCCAAACAAAGUACACCCAGCAGGGUAAGAACUACUUCCCAGCAAAAACAGAGUGGGAAGAAAACUUAUAGCCGGCCUAGAAACAACCACCGGGAAAGGAGUGAGAGCCAGUCUAGAAAUAUGAGCAGAGAGAUGAAUUCUAGCCCACCAGGAACUUCAGGUGUGGAGAAUAAUUCCAGGCUGGCUGUGACCCCCAGUAGAGCAAAGAGUUAUAGCCCCACCAUAACUCCUUGGAAAGAGAUAGGUUUACUCUUAUCUUUGAGGAGGGUAAAGAGUCAGAGUCAAAUGAUUACCCUGAGCAGGGAACAGAGUUACAGCCCAAAUGAAAUGUCCAGUAUGGCUAAGAGUUACAACCAGGGUAGUGCACCCAGCAGGACUCGAAGUCAUAGCCAGUCUAGCACCCCUAGCAGGACCCGAAGUCAUAGCCGGUCUAGAACACCCAGAAGGGCAAGAAGUCGCAGUCGGAAGCGGACCCACAGCAGAAUGAGAAGUCAAAGUUGGAAGAGAAAUCAUAGUACGGCAAGAAGUCAUACCUGGAAGGAAACACCCAGCCAGAUGAGAAGACAUAGCCAGUCUAGAACCCACAGCAAGGAAAAAGGUCAAUACCAAUCUAGAACCCUCAGAAGAGAAAAAAGAGAUCACAGCCGAUCUAGAAGCUCCAGCAAGGAAAGAGAUCACAGCCGAUCUAGAAGCUCCAGCAAGGAAAGAAAUCGCAACCAAACUAGAACCCCCAGAAAAGAGAGACAGCACAACCGAUCUAGAAGCUCCAGCAAGGAAAGAGAUCUCAGCCGAACUAGAACCCCCAGAAAAGAGAGAUAUCACAGCCGAUCUAGAAGCUCCAGCAAGGAAAGAGAUCACAACCAAAUCAGAGCCUCCAGAAAAGAGAGAGAUCACAACCAAUCUAGAAGCUCCAGCAAGGAAAGAGAGCACAGCCGAACUAGAACCCCUAGAAAAGAGAGACACCACAGCCGAUCUCGAAGCUCCAGCAAGGAAAGAGACCACAGCCGAUCUCGAAGCUCCAGCAAGGAAAGAGAUCUCAGCCGAACUAGAACCCCCAGAAAAGAGAGAGAUCACAGACUAUUUAGAACCUUCAGCAAGGAAAGAGAUCAUAGUCAAUCUAGAAGCUCCAGCAAGGAACAAGAUCACAGCCAAACAAGAACCCCCAGAAUGGAGAGAGCUCACAGCCAAUCUAGGACCCCCAGAAAGGAGAGAGGUCGCAGUCGAUCUAGAACCCCCAGAAAGGAGAGUGAUCACAGCCGAGCUAGAACCCCCAGCAAGGGGAGCAGUAACAGCCAAUCUACAACCCCUGGAAGUAUCAGCUGGAAGGGAUCCCCUAGCAGGGUACUAAGUCCCAGUCAGAAUAGAACACUUAGUGUGACAAGAAGCAAUUCCCCUUCAAGAUUUCUCCCAAGCCAGGAUGAUAUUCAAGCCAACAUCACCACCUCUAAAGCCACCUCACCUGGAGAGAGGUCCUCCUCAUCUUCUUCCAAGCUGGCGUAGC